ACUACUGUAAAUACUGUCUCAUUAUUCAUUUUAUUGAAGGUGAUAUUAAAAUUAUUUGUUUACUGUUUUCAAUGCAAAACAAUUUGCAAAUUUUUGUAAACAUUGUAAUCCGAUACAUUUUGAUAAUUUCGUUGGUACUCCACACACUAUGUCGAAAAUGACAAAAAGGAAACAUGUGAUGAAGGAGGCCAUUUGGGAUGACUACGAACUGCCGAAAGAGAAUCAAAGCAUUGUGAAAGUUGUAAGGAGUAGAGGAAACAAUUUACAUGAGGUUGUCACAGCAACAAAUGAAGAAUACUUAGUAUCAAUGCCAACAAAAUUCAGAAAAAAUAUUUGGGUGAAAAGAGGCGAUUACAUUCUAGUUGAACCUAUAGCAGAAGGAGACAAAAUCAAAGCGGAAAUAGUGAAAAUAAUGACCAAGGACUCUAUAAAAUACUGUAAAGAAAAUAAUGUAUGGCCUAAUGUAUUUAUGAAUAGUGACAUUGAUAGUGAUGCAAAGGAGACGAACAGUGAUGUGUUUGAAAAUACAAAUAGGGUUCCUUUAAACGUAAUGGAAGACAGUGAAUCUAGUAGUAGUGGCAGUGAAAGUGGAAAUGAAAGUGAUACAGAACAAAGCGAUGAUGAUUUAAGAGGGAAUAAAAAAUGA